UACACAAAUCGUAAAAAAUUUCCCAUGAGUAACGCAUCUUUAGGAAAAAUCCGUGGUGAAGUGGUAUACGGCUUUUCAUAUCAAUUAAUUUUGUAGGUUUCCCUUGAAUUCUUAGGUGAGGCUCACUUGUCCGCGCAAAGUGGAUCAGUAAGCGAUAUGUUCGGAUUGUUCGUUCAGAAUCAGUUGUGGUCUUCUAAACUGUCGUUUAUUCUGGACUUCGAGAACUGACUGCAGAUGAAUUAUUUGCGAUUAAGAAUUAUCGACGUAGACCUCAAUCUUGGAUACUCGACAACAACAUCAGCGCUUCUUCGUUGUGGGCAGCGAAUAAUAUAACGGAAGCCAUCCGUGAUGCGUUGUACUUGAAUUACAUGUCAGAAUGUGGGCGUUAGGAGGCCGAAAAAUUGUUCCCGUUUUGAUCGGACUUGGUACUGCGGCUGGCUCAUUGUCCCUUGCGAGUGGCGUCGAUGCUAAUGAAAUUGGUGUUGUUCGGAUUGGAAGAGCGGGCGCAACGGCAGCCCGAAUUGCCAUUGAUUACAAAUGGUCCCUCUUUGGAUUGACUACCGAAGCUCCGGGAUAUCGCGAAUUGAUGAACGAGAUUCAUCUACGUUCGGCGCUACGGCUGAAAGAACUUUGUUGCAUCAACAAAGGCGCAUUCAUCAAAGUCGGACAACACGUGGGAUCACUUGAUUAUCUGCUUCCGCCCGAAUAUGUCGAGACGAUGCGGAGUUUAUUCCGCGAUGCGCCGCAAUCUCCUUUCAGUGACGUGUUAAAAGUCCUGCAGGAGGAUCUGCAAGAAAAUCCAUGGGAAAUAUUUCGAGAAAUUGAUGAGAAUCCUUUAGGAGCGGCAUCUUUGGCCCAGGUUCACCGGGCGGUUCUGAAAGAGGAUGGUUCAGUUGUCGCUGUUAAAGUGCAACAUCCCAAAGUGCAAAAACAGGCUUAUAUGGACAUCGCUGCUAUGGAAGUAUUGGUAAAAGCUGCGGCGAAAUUAUUCCCCGAAUUCCAGUUUGUCUGGUUAGCCGAAGAAACCAAGAAGAUUUUGCCGCUGGAGCUAGAUUUCCUGAAUGAAGGCCGUAAUUGUGAAAAGAUGGGCGCGAAAUUAAGGAAAUUUUCUUUUGUUAAGGUUCCGUAUAUUAUAUGGAAAUACUCGACGACGCGCGUGCUGACCAUGGAGUUUUGUGAGGGUGGCCGUGUUGAUGAUUUGGCGUACUAUCAACGUAAUGGUAUCUCACCGACAGAGGUAUACUGUGAUAUUAGCCGGUUGUUCAGCGAAAUGAUUUUUAAACUUGGAUACGUCCAUUGCGAUCCCCAUCCAGGAAAUAUGCUAGUUAACAAGACUGCUUCGGGAAGGCCGAUAAUAAGUUUACUUGACCACGGCGUUCACCUGACUAUUCCCGAACAUAUUCGGCUGGCGUACGCUAAGAUGUGGAUAGCGAUUCUAAAUGCCGAUAUUGCAAACAUGCGUGUGCACGCGAAAGAACUGGGUGUGGAGGAAUGGUUCGACCUUUUAGCCUGUAUGCUGACGGCGAGAAGUUGGAAAGGUGUGUCCACUGGUGUUCAGGCAUCAAGUAUUAGUCCGGAUGAGUUGGAGGCUAUAAAGGUGAAAGCUGGGACUAUAUUAUUCGGCAUCAGCGAUGUGCUCAACAAAGUGCCACGAGAAGUGUUGCUCAUAUUGAAAACCAAUGAUCUGUUGCGCGGAUUGGCUUACAAACUGCAGGUAUCGAACAGCCCGUGUUCCUUUACCAACACAUCGCUGGCUUGCAGCAAAGUUGUCUUCAAACAGAAACUGAAACAGUCCCGUUCGUGGUGGGAGUAUCUGUCUGCCGGUGUGCAGAUGAUUUUUACGCUUUGUCGGAUCCGUUGUUACCAGUUGUAUUUGAAAUAUUUCGCACCGCCUUCCCCUUUGAUUAUGUAAUGAGCAGCUUACCCGUUUGACAAUCUUGCGCCUUUUACUAUGUUUUAUGCGUGAUCUCGGAUGUGAUUUAGAAAAUCUGCUCGAAAGUUGUUGUUUAUGACAUCGAUUUCUUUAAAGUUUUAAAAAUGAUUAAAUCAUGCGCGCUUCGUUAGAAACCGGCUUUUCAUAGCAAAUGAAUGCAUCACUUGCUUUCCUAUUGUUGCUAACUUUUGCGUGGUUUUUGGUUAUCACUUGUGAUUUUUGAUCCGGUAACUGUUUGGUCGAAUUUCUCCAAUGGUUCUUUGAGAGGUAAACGCUCUUCUGUGU